CUUUAUCGGCGGCAUUGAGCACUUCCGGCUUUGGGUGCUGAUGAGACUGAAGUGAACUCAGAUUGAACGACACAGAAGAUGGCUGAUAGAAGUGACCUGAAAGCUGAGCUUGAGCGCAAAAAGCAGCGCUUAGCCCAGAUUCGAGAGGAGAAAAAAAGAAAGGAGGAUGAGAGAAAGAAAAAAGAGUCGGAGAUGCUUCAGAGGGCCGAGAAUGUGUCAGAAGACUCAGACCUGGACAGAAAGAGAAGAGAGACAGAGGCGCUCCUGCAGAGCAUUGGAAUUUCACCAGAACCACCUUUAGUCCCAACCCCUAUGUCUCCCUCUUCGCAAUCAGUGAGCCCACCCAGUGAAACUGGAAGUCAGGAGUCCAUAGAUGGAGGGACAGUGGGAAGGUAUGAAAUCUGCAUGGAUUCGGUUCAUGGGUGCAGGAUGCAAAGGCUUGGUCCAUCAAAAAUUGUUCAGAUUGAUUUCAUGCCAAAAGAACUGGUGACAUACUCUAAAGAGUCACAGACUCCUGUCACAUCUGAUCAGCCUGAAGAGGAGGAGGAAGAGGAGCUGUCAGUGACCAAAUCUGAAUCUGUGCCACAGCAGCUGGAGGAGGAGAACUCUCAGGAGGCCGAAGAAGAUCAAUCUAGAGAACUGACCAACGAGGAGAAAGAGCAGAUUAUUCAUUCAGAGGAUUUCCAGUUUUUCUUCGACCGAAGCAUCCGUGUAAUGGAGCGUGUGCUGGCCGAGGAUACGGACAUUUUCUUUGACUACAGUGGGCGAGAUAUGGAGGACAAAGAAGGGUCAGCCAAGGCUUAUGUAACAGUCAAACAUACACAGAGUCCCACAUGGUGCAGGAUGCAAAGGCUUGGUCCAUCAAAAAUUGUUCAGAUUGAUUUCAUGCCAAAAGAACUGGUGACAUACUCUAAAGAGUCACAGACUCCUGUCGCAUCUGAUCAGCCUGAAGAGGAGGAGGAAGAGGAGCUGUCAGUGACCAAAUCUGAAUCUGUGCCACAGCAGCUGGAGGAGGAGAACUCUCAGGAGGCCGAAGAAGAUCAAUCUAGAGAACUGACCAACGAGGAGAAAGAGCAGAUUAUUCAUUCAGAGGAUUUCCAGUUUUUCUUCGACCGAAGCAUCCGUGUAAUGGAGCGUGUGCUGGCCGAGGAUACGGACAUUUUCUUUGACUACAUUGGGCGAGAUAUGGAGGACAAAGAAGGGUCAGCCAAGGCUUAUAGUAAGGCUGGUAUUGGUGAAAUGUUUGAUGGGCAUCAGGGUCCUGUGACUGGAAUCAGCUGCCAUAACGCUGUGGGUCCAGUCGACUUCUCCCACCUCUUUACCACUUCCUCAUUUGAUUGGACAGUCAAACUGUGGUCAACCAAACAUAACAAGCCCUUGUAUUCCUUUGAAGACAAUGCAGACUAUGUUUAUGAUGUCAUGUGGUCUCCAGUGCAUCCAGCGCUCUUUGCUACAGUGGAUGGCAAUGGUCGUCUGGACCUCUGGAAUCUCAACAACUACACAGAGGUGCCAUCGGCAAGUGUGACAGUGGAGGGAGGAUGUGCCCUGAACCAGGUCAGAUGGGCAUCAGGGGGCAGAGAGGUGGCCGUGGGUGAUUCAGAGGGCCAUGUUUGGAUCUAUGAUGUGCGAGAGUUAGCCGUGCCACAUACAGACGACUGGAGCAAAUUUGCCCGUACGCUCCUGGAGAUUCGUGCAAACCGAGGGGAUGGAGAGGAAGAAGGUGCUUUGGAGCUGCCUGCUUAAAUACACACACAUUUACAUUCAGUGAGAAACGCGUAAAGAUACGUUGAAACAGAUGCUUGAUAUAAAGUGAGUGAAUCACACAUUCACGCUGCUGUGAUCACAGGUCUUUUUUCUUUUGCCUACAAAAGUCUAUCUAUAGCAUGGCUGUUAAUUAGCAAUAACUCCUCUUCCAAUGCUAAUAGUUAAUUCCAGAACACACACACAAGUGAGAAUGGGUUGAUCUAACAUAUAUCUAGGGUUUGCAGUGACUAUAUAGGAGUGAGCCAAUGUGAUCAUACUGUAUCAAAACAGCUGUGCCGGAAUUACAGCUUAUUUUACAUAUGUGAAAGUACAAGGUCAUACUGAGAUACAUAGAGAAUGUAUUGGCCGUUAUGUAAAAAUAUAUUACAGCAGAGCUUAUGAAUGACUUUCUUUUUCCUUUCACCUUUUAAGUCGUAUGUGUGCAUAAUUUAAUACCAACUGCAGCAUAAAGCAACU